CUGAACUCAUCUUUAAAGCAUCUUUCUCCUUCAACAAUAUUACUCAACAAUCUGUUCAAAGUCAACCAGUCAAAAUUCAGGAAAUGGAAACUCGGUGUAAUAAUGUUCUGGUCAUAGGCGAAACACUAAAUGAUAGUCACAUUGUUGACCACAUCACUAUGCCUUUCUAUGAGCAUUUAUCAUUGAAUGUGAGUAUGGAUCAACUAUUGAAUCAUUAUAAUGCUAUUCAAAUCAUAUUCGAAGUAUUUAUUCAGACAACUUCAUCUAGUCGAGUACAAUGUUUGACUAGAAUUGUAUUCGGUUCAAUUCUAAACGCGAACAAUGAAUCAGCUGUACUUCAGUGGAAUAAUUUGAUCACAGAGGUGAACCAAUUGGAGGCCUAUAAUUCACUUAGUUCAACAAGAAAGAUAACAUACUGGCACAGUAUCAAUAGAUUUUGA